CCCGAAACUAGAUAUAUUUAAACAUUUUACUUUUGGCCUUUUGGUCGCAGCCUAAUUCCUCUCUUCUCCCUUUCUAGUCCUUCAAAUCACUUAGAAUUCUUAACUAGGGAUAUCAACCCCUCACUACUACAUAAUCAACCCUCUUCUCUUCCGCUUUACUAGACAUAUUCUCACGGCCACCGAACUGAUUCCUCCUCCCACCAUGCCCCUCGUCAUCCCCGGCAUCAACAACACCAGCGGCGGCUCGAGCCAGGAUGACUGGUCGCACAAGCUAAUGGGAAAGACCGUCACCGAGGGAUCGAGCGAUGUGAACUCAUUCGCCAAGAAAGACCUGCCGGAGACCCAUCGGAUCGUCAAGCCUGGGGACAUGACGACAAUGGAUCAUAACCCUGAUCGGUUGAAUAUCCAUGUGGAUGAGAGCGGGACGGUUCAUAAUGUCAACUAUGGUUAAACUGCUGGAAACUUACAAUGGUGAUGUGGGGUGUGUGUGGAUCAUGAUCAUGAUUUGUGUUUGGUCGUUGGGACCUAGAUGGGAUGAUGGUUAUGAUGGGAUGGAUUUUAUGUACUACGUUGGUUUUCAU